GCUGGAAUGUGGAUCAACAGUGUCUUGUGUCUCCAGUUGCAUUUGGUCUUCUGCUCUGCUGCUGAGCUUGCCGUUGAGCCCAACGGUAUAACACUAAUGUGUUGAGGAGAGGGUCUGGAUGUGCCUUGUGUUCUGCUAUCCCCUAUAUCAGUAUGGAAACCCUCAACUCAGGAUAUUUCGCACCAACUUUUUUAUGACCCUUGUGAGACCUGGGAAGGAGCAACCAGAGGAUACGGUCCAGUUUAGGAUUCCCAUGGAGAUGACAAAACCUGAUGUGAAAAAUUAUCUGCAAGGCAUCUACAAUGUCCCAGUGGCUGCAGUAAGGACCAGAAUACAAUACUGUACUAACAAGAAGAGAAAUCAUAAGAAUCAGAGGGUGAAGCGGCCUGAUUAUAAAGUUGCCUAUGUUCAGUUAGCCGAAGGUCAGACUUUCAAAUUUCCAGACAUUUUUCCUCAGAAGGAUCAAACUCCCGAAUCAGGCUCUCUGGAAGAAAUCCAAAAUAAGUUUUUGGAAGAUGAGAAGCAGAAGCAGAAAGCAGAUCCUCGACGAGGAGGUGUCACUGAAUGGUUUGGACUUUGAGAGAAACAGCUCUUUGGAAAUUGUACUUACAUUUUUUUUAGAAGAGAUAUUUUUCAGAUGCUGUUCAUUGUGACGGGUAACUCCUGUGGACAUUAUACAUUCUGAUAACUAUUGCUCAGCAAACUCUCAAGUAAUUUGUGUAGCUUCUUAUAAAGCAGUGGUGUAGAGUUCUGUAUUGUGGGAUUUGAGUGAGUUUUGAUUUCUGUUAAUUGAAAAUUUGGCUUGAUGUGCACGCACUGCUGAGCAUAGUUUAUCUGUGAAUGGGUGCCAAACUGCGAAUGUGUAUGUAAGGUAGUAUAUGGGCACCAGCAGUUUAAGCUGAUUUGUUAAGAUGACAAGUUUGAUGUUUGGUGGGGGCAUAUGGAAAAGAAAUGAAAUUAUUCUAAGACCAGCUGUCAUUUAAAAGAUUAUGCUUGCCAAGGAAUUUAUUGGGUUACUUUGUACACUAUAUUUUUAAGAGGAAAUCAAGUUAUGAAUUGUAUCUGUUCAUUCUUGUUCUAGCAGCAGUCUUAAAUAUUAAAUAAAGUUUGAAAGGGGAAA